GUAAAAUCGCAAACAGCAACAAUGAAGCUUUAUGUCCUCUGCUUUCUCCUGUUUCUGACAUGCAUGUACCCAAGUUUGGCACAAGGUUCUUAUGAAAAUUGUUGCCUGAAGUAUAAUAAAGAGCCUCACAGAUACAUCAAAAGCAGGGUUGUCAGCUUCAGGAUUCAGGAGACUGAUGGAGGAUGCAACCUGCCCGCUGUUAUAUUCACUGCUUCACUGAAAAAAUCACUUCAAACAUUCUGCGCUGACCCCCAAAUGCCAUGGGUGAUAAAACUGCUGACCAGAGGAAAUCGUAAAUCGAAUAAACUCUGAAUCUGCUUCCGAAACCAAAGAGGAAAACAACCGAUUGAAACCAUUUCUAUUGUUUUUUAUCUGUGUGGUUAUUAUGAUUAAAAAAAAAACCAAAACAGUAAAAAUAGCUUGAGCUGAGUGUUAACAGCUGAUAACCGUACUUACCUAAAUGUAUUAACCUUUAUAACUACAUUGAUGUUUUUUGUUGUUUUUUUUUUGGUUAUAAAAACCAAACCACAUAUGGUUUAAGUGUACACCACAUGUACUUUACGCUUCAGACCGAAUAUUUCAUAUGUUUGACUGGAUUCUUCUACAGUUUGGUGUUUGCAAAUGCAUUGUAAAUGUUAGACCUGAAUGUGCUCUAUUCUGUGUUUCUGUAGUGCUGAGUCCUUGUGGUUUCAAGACUUAGGCUUUGUUUGUUUUCAUUUGUUUUGUUUUGUUUCAUUUUUUUAUAUUUGAUAUCAAUGUAUUUUUAUACACAUUUCAUCAUGUUACAUUAGUGUGUGUGUGUGUGUGUGUGUGUGUGUGUGUGAGACGGAGAAAGAGAUUUCAGUACACAUUGUUCUUCAUAAUAAAAGCAAUAAAAAUAUUUCCUUAA